AUGACCUUGUUAGUGGGCGGUUUUGAGUCCCACGUUUUAUUCGACUCUGGAGCAUCGAAUUGCUUCAUUACACCGGAGCGUGCCGAGAAGAGUGGCAUCCGGAGUAGCGCGGGCGAGAGCGCGGGCAUGGUCAAGGUGGCGGGAGGUGGAUUCUUGUCUACUUUGGGCCGUGCUAGAGGAGUCGAGAUCGAGAUUGCGGGGCAGUCAAUGCCAGCAGACUUAGUCAUCAGUCCGGUGGAGCUGUAUGACGUUAUUCUCGGGAUGGACUGGUUGUCACACUACAGAGUUCAUCUGGAUUGCUACAGAGGUAGAGUGGUCUUCGAGCGAGAUGCAGGGAGGUUGGUUUAUCAGGGAGUGAGACCGACUUCCGGGAGUAUUGUGAUAUCUGCUAUUCAGGCCGAGCAGUUGUUAGAGCGGGGCUGUGAGGCGUAUCUGGCGACGAUUUCUAUGUCUGAGUCAGGAGCUGGAGUUGUUAUGGGAGAUAUUGAGGUUGUCCAGGAUUUUGAGGAUGUCUUUCAGUCACUGAAGGGAUUACCACCAUCUCGGUCUGAUCCUUUCACGAUUGAGUUAGAGCCGGGGACAGCACCGAUAUCGAAGACGCCUUACAGGAUGGCGCCAGCUGAGUUGGCAGAGCUGAAGAAGCAGAUAGAGGACCUUUUGUCUAAGGGGUUCAUUCGACCGAGUGUUUCACCGUGGGGAGCACCGGUGUUGUUUGUGAAGAAGAAGGAUGGCAGUUUCAGACUUUGUAUCGAUUACAGAGGUCUUAACCGAGUCACUGUGAAGAACAGGUACCCACUCCCGAGGAUUGAUGAGUUGUUGGAUCAGUUGAGGGGUGCUACUUGGUUCUCCAAGAUUGACUUGGCAUCGGGUAUCAUCAGAUCCCGAUAG